AUGAACAAGCAUUCAGGAGCCUCGACAUAUUAAAAUAGUUAAAGACAAAAAUCACAUUAUUCCUAAUAAUCAAACCUACCUGAGAAAAUCAGAUUGGAAAGUCAUGGUUUAAUAGUUGCCAAAGAAAAGGAGAAAAAAACCAAGAAAGAGGAAAUUAGAAAAUAUUUAAAGAGCCAGAACCAAAAGUACAUUAAAGAUUUAUAUUGA